CAGCCGGGGCGCCCUGGAGCCCUCGCCGGCGAUGGAAGCCGUGGCCGCGUUCGGCAUGGACAAGCAGUUCGCCCCUAACCCGGUGCGGAUCUUGGACCCUCCGCCAGACAACCCGCAGGCUCGGAAAAACUUCAGCGUCAGUCACCUCUUGGAUCUGGAGGAGGUCGCCGCCGGCAUGAACGGCGGAGCGAAGGAGUCGCCCGGGCCGGAGGCGAGGGAGGGCGGCAAGGGGCCGCAGGAUCACUCCGGCGCCAGCAGCGGCAGCGAAGGGGGCGGCGCGCUUCGGGAAGGGGAGAGCUUGAGCCCGGCCCGCAGCUCCGCCAAGCGGAAGAAGAAACAGCGCAGGAACCGCACCACCUUCAACAGCAGCCAGCUCCAGGCGCUGGAGAGGGUCUUCGAGAGGACACACUACCCGGAUGCCUUUGUGCGGGAGGAGUUGGCACGGCGGGUGGGCCUCAGCGAGGCCAGAGUGCAGGUGUGGUUUCAGAACCGAAGAGCCAAAUUCCGCCGAAACGAGAGAGCCAUGCUAGCCAACAGGUCGGCAUCACUCCUCAAAUCCUACAGCCAAGAUGCAGCCAUUGAGCAGCCCAUGGCGCCCCGUCCAACCACCCUGAGCCCUGAUUAUCUCUCCUGGUCGACCACGUCCCCAUACGGCAACACGGUGCCUUCCUACAGUUCUGGCAGCCCUGCCACACCCACCCAAGGGGUCAACAUGGCCAACAGCAUCGCCAGCUUACGCCUCAAAGCCAAAGAGUUCAGCCUUCACCAGAACCAAGUGCCCACUGUGAACUGACAGCGGGUCACGCAGAAGAGGCAAGCCUACUGACCGUGGUGGGUGGCGCAGAAGAGGCAAGCCUGCCUCGUUUUCCCGCCCCCCCAAGCCAGGAUCUCCAGCCCUGCCUGCUUCAAGUCCAAACCUCUGGGCCGCCAAGGCCUCAGUGAUCCUCACGCCAGCGACCUGAACUCCGUCGUGCACUCUCUGCCUUUCGCGCGCUGCCUUUUGUCUCCUCCACGCCCUCUCUUGAAGGCAGAUAUUCAGUGGAGCCCCUUUGAUGAGGAGGCAUAUUUUCCCCUUCUUUGAACUGAAAAAAGAAAACACCUUCCUUUUUCUUUUUCUAAACAAAAUUAUGUAGAGGGCCUGUUAAUUCUCCAAAAAGCAAGAAGUCAGAUGAAUUGGCUUCAAGAAAUGAAGGAAUGAGACCCACUUGCAGACUUGGCUUUAAAAGUCCAAGUGAUGGGGUGGGGGGCAAGGAAUACUAUCAAACACUCAAGGAGCAAGGUGAGAAAUGUAACCAGAUUGCCCCAUGAUUUAUAUCACUCUUGCUUGCUUGCCCACAGCUAACUUUGGUUAUCCAAAGAUUGCACGACUUAGGGCAAAUACAAUCCAAAAAAGGUGUUUGAUUUGACAUUGAUAGGCUGCUAGAAAAAGAGAGAGAAAAGAACCCUUCCCUCCUGAGUGGCUAGUGGCUAGCUGAAUGGCUAGUGAAAGUUUCUGAACCCCAUUGACUGGCCCAGCUCCGCAAGGUUUCAUUGUACAUUUAGGAGCGACCAACAACCAGGGAUGGGUGGGAGAAAUUCAAAUUAGUUUGCAUCUAAAGGCAAACUUGCUUCACCCUCUGCAGAACAAUUUGCGAACCGAAACGCAGCCAUCCUUUGCAGAUUCUCUCUUCUCCAAGUUUUGCAGGGCAGUUCUCCAGCCAGACAAAGUGUACACAAAUACAUAUAUUAAAGUAAAGGGUGCAUAAAAAUGCAUAUAUUACACCCCCCCCCAAAAGCACAACAUUUGUUUUCUUAGGGAAAAUUUAUUUGCAAAAUAUGUGCAUGUGAGGCCAAAACUGAAUACAAAACCCAAUGAAAAUGUUGAUGAAGUUUCAUUAGGAUUUUUUAAAAAAAAAAUCCCUAUAGCUAUACUUCUUUUACACACACACACACACACACACACACACAACCCCACUCCCCCCGGCUUGCCCCAUUGGCAGAAAGGCUGUGUGUUCUUCAAGGCCAUCUCUCAAAAACUCUGGAGUGCACAGACUCUUCUCCGGAAGAACAGGGCAUGGGACACUGGGAUGCUAAGUCCCAGGGAAGGAUGGGACUCAGAGGCGGGUGGAGCUGUAUGGAUUGUACACCUCAGAGCGCAGGACAAUUGUUGAUCUGCAUUCCAUUCCCGGAGGCAACAGCACCUCCAAAACUCAUCUGCACAACGAACCUGCUUGUAUUCCCUCUCACCAGCAGCCAUUCUGCCCCAGUCUGGGAAGAGAGAAGCUGACAAAGAGAGAAGUAGGCCAGCAUUUUGGAAGCUGGGCUGAAUUUGGAGGCAUCUCCUUACAAAAACUGCUCCCUGCUCCCAUUUGGGAUUUGGUAUGCACGUUUGUGUGUGUGUUUGGGGGGGGAAGGAGACAUACUGGAGCUUUUCAGUGUGUCACUGAGCUGGUGGCCACCGUUUUUUUUAGAAAUGGUGGGUGGGUGCCAUUUUAUAUUUCCCAGCAUGCCCCAUUCUGGGGGGUAUUGAAAGAAGGGGAGGGGAGGAACGGCAGCCACAAGUGAUGGGUGCCAUUUUGUAGGCUCCAAGUCCCGUUUCCUCAAGACGUCCCUCAGAAGAAGCCAUGCUGGGAAAUUGAAAAAUGGCUGCCACUUACCUGAUGGAACAUUGAAGAGAACGGGCACGUUUGAGUUCCCACCUCAAAUACUAAAGUGUCCCCACGUGCUACAUUCAAUAGGAUCACUGCUAUUUUGUCACAACGGUGUUGACCUACGCAGGCUUCAGAGACUCAAGCAUGUCCUCUUUCCAUUCCACCUCCAUCCCAAGCCACAGACCCUCCUGGUCAACAGCAGGCCACACACUUGCAAGGGCUUAUGGGAAUCACCUCUGUGACCCACAGUUUGGAAGGGAAGUUGACUCAAUUUUGGAAGGGAAGGCUACGUUCAAAACGUUUGCGCAUCACUCGAUAGGAAGAACCAGGAGUGCGAUGGGGUAGGGGGAAGAAGGACGCUGUUAGGACCUUUCUACAUCUCUCCCCUCGCACCUGCUCACACACUUUGCACACCCAGCGAGCAUUCUUACAGCCAUUCACCCCACCUUCUGUCCACUGUUCCAGAGCCACGAGUGCCUUUGUUUAUUAAAGGGAGACUAUUUCUCCCGUGUCAGUACCAUGGCCGUAGUUUACAACACGCAAGUGAAUGUUUUCUGGCUAACGUUUUUGGGUGCCGAAAAAGAAAAUCAUAGGUGCUUGGAGUGGGGUAUGUGAAAUGUUCCCUGGUAUGAUCCCCCUAAAUCUGACUUCUAGGGACCAGUUCACUUGCCGUUUGCAGCCCCGAUCCUCUGCACUGUUGAGGCCAUUAUUCUUGCUGCUUGUGAAACCACCUUCCUCCUCCUCCUCCUCUAGCAGCAAUGGACAUUGUCUUGCACCCACUCGGAUAUGGCAAUGUGUUGUUGCUGAUGCUAGGAAGGGCCAUUAAGAAAAAGGAAAGCACUGCUGCCCAUGCAAUACAACCUCCUACCCCUGAAAUGCCACACUGAGGGAGAGGUUGAUCACCUGAAUGCAGAGCUUGGAAAAGUUACUUUUUUGAACUACAACUCCCAUCAGCCCCGGAGAGCAUGGCCACCGGACUGGGCUGAUGGGAGUUGUAGUUCAAAAAAGUAACUUUUCCAAGCUGUGCCUGAAUGUACAUGAGAAGCCCAUCCUCUCUUUGCGGUGCUCCCUCCCACAAUUCCCCAAAAGGGUCCCUUGAAAUGUUACUGUAAAGGGCACCAAAAUGUCACUGGGGGAAAAUUUUUUCUUUUAACAUGCACAUAACUGGGAACUGAACCCGGCACUUUCUGCAGACGAAGUCGACCACUGAGCUAUGGCCUUUUUCUCAAAAAAGUCCUCGUGGUUCUAAAGAAAGGAAAUGAUUUAAGAACGAAGCUGCCUUCUGCUGAGUUAGACCAUUGGUCUAUCUAACUCGCUGUACACUGACUGGCAGCAGCUCUCUAGGAUUUCAGGCAGGGAGUCUUUUCCCCAGCCCUGCCUGGAGAUGCCAUUGGGGAUUGAACCUGGGGCCUUCUGCGUGCAAAGCAAGUGCUCUAACCACUGAGCUACAGACCUUCCACAAGGAUAUCAUUAGGAACAUAAAAAGCUGCUUUAUACUGAAACAGACUGUUGGUUCAUCAAGCUCAGUAUUGUCUGCACUGACUGGCAGUGUCUCUCCAGGAUUUCAGGCAGCGGGACAUUCCGGGAGAGGAAUGUGGGCAUUGAACUUGGGUCCUUCUGCAUGCUUUUGCCCUCCCUCAUUGUGGUCUGCCAUGUGCCUCUUAAGUUGGUGUGAAGGGCACUAUCCCAUCAUCAGUACUAAAUUAAGAGACAACUGCCGGUGCAGUCAGCUUCUAGAUACAGAAAGGACAGGCUCCAUUUUCUCCACCUCAGUCACCAAGAUGUCAUGGGCCAGACUUGCUGAGAGGCGUGAAUCAGGUCAGUCGGUCUUGGAAUAUACAAAAGAUUAAAUUUCUGAAGUAUUUCAAGCUCAAAAGGGCAAUUCUCAGAGAGACAGGGCAGGCCUGCAGAUCCUGGGGGCUGUUUAAUCCAAAGCAAUGUUGAAACAAAAAAAUGGAGGCAGGCUCCUCCUCAGGCGAAAUGUUGGGAGAGAUUCUGAGGGAAAUAAAGCUGGUGAAAAGUCCCGGCUGUGUUUCGUGGGACCCCGUCAAAACCAAAAGAGCAAUCCUGGAAUAAAGGAGCAAGGCAGGGUACAACAAGACAGAAACCGAGGCACAGCAGAGGGAGGAGACAGGGCAGUAGAGAACAGCCAUCUUGCUCAGACUGAAAAGGCAGGGCAUCAGAAUUGGAGGUGGUUGGUUCCUGCUGUGUUCAGGUCUGAUGUUGCGAGGCUGGCCAGAAGUUUCAGGACCACAGACAGCUCCAAGUGAAUAAGUUGCUCCCAGAAAGGUGGAGAGUGGCUGGAGCCUCUGUCUCCAGACUUCCUCUCCCAGGCUCUGCCCUCUUGUGGCUGACUUUAGAUUCAACCCUCUGGCACGAAUCUUCCACCAGUGAAAGGGGGGUGCUCACUGCCCAUAAUAUCUGCAGGAGCCUUUGCAAGUCAGGAGUAGGGAUGGCUGAAGAAUUGGCUCUUUGCAAAUUCUGAUAGGAACCGAACUGAUUUGCACCCUUGGGGACAAAUAUGCAGACUGGAAUUUAGUUUCCCCCUGAUUCCACCAUUUCUGAAGGUUCCCCCAUGUUUCCCGACUUAAGAAACAGGUUAAAAAGAUGUUUACAAAUGCAUAUUUUGAGAGGAAAAAAAUACCUUUAAAUGAAAUGCUAAUUUUCAUUUGGAUAAUUGAGGGAAAACACACAACUCGGAUUAAUGUAAAAUGGCAUGGAAUGGACUUAUGAAGCAGCACUGACCAGAAAAUGAUUUCUUGGCCUAUCCUUAGUCAGGGACAUAAAUGCCAAAGUGCCAAAAAGGAGAAAUCCUGUUCCGCCAGCUCGAAAAUUGAGAGGAUAUGAUUCCAAGAGAUUUCAAACGCUGCUGGUUUCAAGGAACUCUCUCCAUUUCAAAAUGCUGCCGGAGAUGGAGGGGGCUGUAACAGCGGCCACCUGUGUCUGCCCCCAUUGAUUUUUUUUAAAAAAAGAAAUGUCUAUGCUUAGAAAAUAAAUAUC